AUGACGAGCACGUCGCCUUAUGAUGUUCCUUUUGACAAGCUUCCCAAUCCCAAGCAAGUAUGGGUUGGGGAGCCCGGUAGCCACGAAGAAGGACUUGGAAAGCUAGCCAUCUUGACCCCUGAGGUCGUGGCUAGAGCGGCCGCAAGCGAAAUCAAAACUGGUCGACGGGUAACGAUGGGUUGGGACUUGACAAAACUGGAUUUUCCAAAUCUGAAUCGUCAGCCCUGUCAACACAAGAUCGUCCCACUAUUGGGAGGGAUAGCGUUUGAUGAUAUAUAUACUAUGAAUCCGCAACAAAGUAGCCAGUGGGAUGGAUUGCGACAUUUCUCGCAGACUGUUCCUGGUCAGGAGCAGCGUGUUUUCUACGGGGGCACCACAGCUGAAGAAAUCAAUGAUCGUGGCAACCAUCGGAUUGGCCUACAGCACUGGGCGCGAGAAGGAAUUGCAGGGCGCGGAGUCCUGAUUGACUACGCAACGUGGGCGGAAAGAAAGGGAAUAAAAUACAGCACGUUCUCGACUCAUCAAGUACGACUCUCCGAGAUAUUGGAGAUUGCCAAGGAAUCUGAUAUCACGUUUCAAAAAGGCGACAUCCUUUUUGUCCGCGUUGGGGUGACUAAGGAGUGGGACUCGGUGAUGACAGACCACCACAAGCAACAGUACUCAGAGAACCCAAGUCCCGAACACGCUGGAGUCGAGGCGACCACAGAUAUGCUCCGAUGGCUUUGGGAUUCCGGAUUUGCGGCGAUCGCCAGCGAUGCGAUAAGUUGGGAGGUGUAUCCGCCCCAGUCGGAUAUAUUUCUGCACGAGUAUGUACUUGCUGGAUGGGGCAUGCCAAUUGGCGAGCUAUUCGAUCUAGAAGCACUAGCAUGCACCUGCCAAGAACUUCAGCGAUGGAGCUUCUUCGUUGCAUCUGUGCCUUUAAACAUGCCUGGAGGAGUCUCGUCGCCGCCGAACAUUAUGGCAAUUUUUUAG